CUCAACCGCCUUCUCUCUGAUCGAGAAACUGUGCGCUCUUUAGUUCCUCGUGAUACCCAUUCACACGCUUCAUCAUCCUUUCCAUUUGAAUUUACUCCUCCGAAACAGUCUGUUGUCUUUUCCAUGGCCUCCGUCGUGUUUACCAGCCAAGGCCUCUUGGAGGCCAAAAAUGCAAGGGCCUGUGAACUCCUGGAACAAGAGAAAGAAGAAAUUGAAAGCUCCUAUGAUUUUUCUUCCCCCAUAGUAGUUCGCUUCCCAUUCGCCCCUAACGAGCGGAUUGGUCGUGUCAAGGGUGGGUAAGCUUUUAUCAGCACCCUUUCAAGAAAUUAGGUUUGUGGUUCCCCUUUUCAGACUUUAUAUCAAGAUUCUUGGCUAUCGCUCUGGUCUCUCCCGCUCAAAUCAUGCCUCCAACCUGGCGUCUUAUCCGCUCAUUGGAGGUGCUAAUAGAGAAGAAUGGCUCAAAAUUUUCUGCUGAUGAUUUGGGUUUCACAUAUGAUUUACGUACCUCUGGGAAAGGAAUAUUCAUGGUGAUAGUGAAGCCUGGUAGGGAGCCAUUAGUUCUCGGUAUUAGUAAUGCGAACGACCGUGGAUGGAUGACAAAAUUCUUCUUCGUGGAGAAGUCUUCCUUGGGCGAACACGAAGAUUUUCUGGUGGAUAAGUGGCGAACCGCAGGUGAGCAGAAAACAAUUUCUUUGGCCUAUGGCCCUCAAGCGGAAGAAAGGACAGCUCAGCUCUUGGACCUCGGCACUGAACCUCGUUUGAACCUUCCGCUACUAGUUCUGCUCGUGUUGAUUUACGUCGUUCUGGUAGGAAUGUAGCUAAGUCGUCUCGCUUGUCCAAAGAUGGAAAUUUUGUUUCUAUUGGAGGUUCUGAUAGGGAUGAAGAUGUUCUUAGUAUUGAUGAUGAGACCAGUGUCCAAGUUGUUCUUGAUGUCCCCCCUUUAGAUUCUCACGGCCCAUCUGCCAUCGAUUGUUCAACCCAGAUUAUUGGUAUGGCUUCAUUCUUUCUUGGGCUUUACUUCUGUUUGUGUGUGUGUGUAUAUAUGAGGCUACAUAAAAA